AUGUUAAACCAAAAAACCAUAUAAAAGAUUCCACAAAAUUGUAAUAUGAUAGUUAAAGUUCUUUCUUUUAUCAAUAAUGAUGAAGAAGAUUAAUCUCAAGAGGAAAUAGAAAAGAAGCAAAAAGUAUUUGAAAUUCUAAGAACCAGUAUGCAAUUAUAGGAAGUUGAAGACUAAGAAAAUGAUUAUGAAUCUGAUUAUAUUCCUGUUCCAUGUGAAGAAGCUUGCUUUUCUUAAUAAAGCACUCAAAAAUCUCAGCAAUCUCAAUACUUAAGAUCACCUUUGUAAACGUUUACUCAACAUUUUUAAAAUUAAAAUAAAGGAUUUGUAGGAAAACUUUUUACUCUUACUGAUGAAACAGAAUAUACAGUUGAUGAUCGCAAACCAACUCAUACUAGAGGUCCAAGCAAAAUCUAAGAAAUUUUAUAGGAUUUAUAAGCAAAUGUUGCUGAUGACAUUAUGAAAAUGGCAAACGAUAUCAUUAAAUUUACUGAAAAUAGUUCAAAUACAAAUGGAAGUGCUUAAUUUAUUCAAAGCGAUUCAAAAUUAAAACCACACAUAAGUUAAUACAAAGCAAAUUAACAACCAAGAGAAACAAAGGCUAAUAAUCUUAGAGAUGGAUUCAAAUUAUUUGAAAAGCAAAAUAGUUAAAAAUAACUUAAAUCUGACACAUAAUUAGACAAAUAAAGUUUAAAAUCUAAUUGUUAAAAUGAACCAUAAAAAUAUAUAUAGUAAUUGCCAAAGACUAACUAUUAAACGAACGCAAACAAUUACAAUUCAAACAAUACUAAUUACAAUUCUCAUUAUAAUACUAAUGCAUCUGUUUAAAAAAAUUAAUAAAAGUCAGAGAGAAAUUCUUAAGAAUAUACAAAAAAUAAUUCUAAUCGAAAUAGUUAUUCUUAACAAAUUAUAAAUACUAGAACUAGUUAGGAAUAAAUUAAUUGCAACUCUUCAUAAAAUUCGCUCCAACAAAAUUCUCCAAAUCAGGAUGAUCAAAGGCAUCAAUAUUAAUUCUAUUCCAAAAAGCAAAACUCAAAUAACAAUAGUAAUCGAGAUUCUGUCUUUAGCAAAAAAAAAUUUCAUAUAAAUUACGAUAGUUUCAAAAUAAAUUCAAAUAAUAACCAGAUUAGUUAAAAUUUUUAUGACACUGUUUAGAAAUAAUUCAACUUCUAUCAAAAUUCAGAUGAUGAAAAUUAAGGUAAAUAAUCAAUUGAAAAUUAAACUCCUAAUUUAAAUAUUAGUAAGAAACUAGAAAAAGAUAACUUAAGCAUUAAUAAUAGUAGUACUCUAAACUUAUUAAGUGAUAAAAAAUCAUAUCAAGAAUUUUGCGAACCUUGUUAAAAUACAUAAGAAAGUGAUAAAAAAUAAAAUAGUUCUAUUUAGAAAAAGAAAGUUAAACGAAGAAAAAGGUCUAGAAUUCCUAAAAAUAUUAAAUAUUUUUUAGAUAUAAUUGAGGAAUAAUCAAACGAUUACUUCACUCCAGAUAAAUCAUUAUUGGAAUCAAGUGAAUGUCUUGAUACGAUAUAAUCAGUGCCUAAUUUCGGAGAAAGUGAGCAUGAUAAUAUGAGCUACAGAUCGGAUCGUAAAAACUUUACAAUCAGUGAAGGUAAUAAAAUUAAAAUCAGAACUCCUAACACCUAAGAAAUCAAGGAAGAAUUAUAAUCUUCUGAUUCAUUUGAUCGUCCCAAUAGCUAGUUAAUUAAUCAAACCUUAGUGAAUUUUGAGGAUAUCGACUAAAUUUUGAACCAAGUCCAAGGUUAUAAGGCUUUACGAUGCAAAAAUUAAGAAGAAGAAGCCAUUCUUGCUUCUUGGAAUCGAGUAUGCAACGAAAUAAUAAGAAAAUAAUUUACUUCCGGUGACUUUGGAUCUCGAGAGGAUAUAAAAUUAACUGGAAAUUUAACAAUAAAAUUAGCAUUAAAUUACUUUAAUCAUAAUCAAAAAACAGAUUAAAAUUCAUUUGUAGAAAAUUCUUGUUUCAUUGAAACUGAUUAAUAACAUUUGGAAAAGAGUGAAUCAGAAAUUCAAGGAGAUGAUAAUAAUGACGCUGAAGUUGGAAUGCUGAAUAAAUAAUUUAGUCCCAAUUUCAGUGAUGUUUGCAAAAGGAUAUAAUUCACUGGUCUUGAGGAACCAAAAAUACUAUUUGGAAAAGCAACAUCUUCUAAAGAUUUGCCAAAUGUCUAAAUAUACAAUACUAAAUAUGAAUAAUAAUUAUUGAAUUAUUAAUUUUGA